CUGGGAAAAGGGAGGCCGAGGAGGCGGAGGCAGAGGCAGCGGCAGCGCCAGGCGCCGGACGAGCGACAGCGGUGGGGGCUGGGCCGCGCAGAGCAGCCCGCCUGCGACCCGCGCCGCGCCGGGGAGGACAGGAGCCGUGCGUCCCCUGCAGCCGCACUUCAGGGUGGCCUGCUAGUCGAGCGGGAGUGCAGAUCCCGAGGCGGGUUGUGCCCAGCCUCCGGCGAGGGCUGACCCUUCGGAAGGCUCCUUCAACAGCGGGAGCAGGCCGGCCACCAUGACCGAGAACUCCACGUCUACCCCUGCGGCGAAGCCCAAGCGGGCCAAGGCCUCCAAGAAGUCGACGGACCACCCCAAGUAUUCAGACAUGAUCGUGGCUGCCAUCCAGGCAGAGAAGAACCGCGCCGGCUCCUCGCGCCAGUCCAUCCAAAAGUAUAUCAAGAGCCACUACAAGGUGGGUGAGAACGCCGACUCCCAGAUCAAGUUGUCCAUCAGGCGCCUGGUGACCACCGGUGUUCUCAAGCAAACCAAAGGGGUGGGUGCCUCGGGGUCCUUCAGGCUGGCCAAGGGCGAUGAGCCUAAGAGGUCGGUGGCUUUCAAGAAGACCAAGAAGGAAGUCAAGAAAGUGGCCACUCCAAAGAAGGCAGCCAAGCCCAAGAAGGCUGCCUCCAAAGCCCCGAGCAAGAAACCCAAAGCCACCCCAGCCAAGAAAGCCAAGAAGAAGCCGGCUGCCACGCCCAAGAAAGCCAAAAAGCCCAAGGUUGUCAAAGCCAAGCCAGUCAAGACAUCCAAACCCAAGAAGGCCAAACCUGUGAAGCCCAAAGCCAAGUCCAGUGCCAAGAGGGCCAGCAAGAAGAAAUGACGAUGAAGGCUUUGCUUGUGGACACCCCUUCCUCUUUUCUGUAAAUAACAUUUCUCUCUUGAUCUCGUCUGCAACCCUUUGCCCAUUCCAUUCUGACUCUUUACAAAAAAGGACAGAGUUCGGAUUCCUCAGACAGACAUUGUGGAAUGGUUCUUAACCCAUUGUGCAAGGAUAGCCACAGACCUCAUCUUUGUAAUGAUGAAGAUGUAUUUUUUUUCCCUUGACUUGAUAUUAGCCUUCUUACGGGGUUAGGGAUGGGGGAUUGUUGGGUGGUUUGUUUACUGUGAAGGAAAAUGGAACUGGCAAAGUUCUGGCUAGAUGAGGGGACCCAGGUACAAAAGUUUGUCUUUUCAAGGCUUUCUUAAGUUGCUCAUCCAUCCCUUGUGAGAGCUUCAAAACCUCUGGUGGGGAGCAGAGGGUGACACCCCACCUAACUGGCCAGAGAGGGACGGAGGAAAAACUCCAGUGGUGAGCAGUUGGGGACCUUGUCACUUAUGCCCUAGUGCCUCACCAUUGUCUAGGAGGGGAAAGGGCUCCAAUUGACAGCUAGCCAGAGAAACCAUAGCUUCUCACUAUCAGGAUCUAGCCAUUGGGGAAGGGGGGCUCUUUUCAACGGUCUCUUGUUAAAUGGGAGUAGACUUGGGAGGGGUGGGAAGUCAGCCAAGUGCCUCAGUGUGCCUAUGGAAACUUGGGUUUUUUCCACACGGUUGAUGGGCUGUGUCUUUUUGUUGUUCCUUCCUGUAUAAGAUGUGGCUUUGCUUGGUGCCGCUUCAGUUCUAUCAGCUGCCACUUAAAACCCCUCCAACCUCUUGUACUUUUUGAGUCUUUUCUAAGUAGCCGAGGAGGGCAAGAAGCAGGGCGAGGGCUGUUAAGAAAUAAAAUAGUUGAUUUGAAUUUGCUAGGUAGCUUUAGAGAGUCAGGCUUGUGUGCAUGUGUGUAUAUGUAUAUAUCCGUAUCUAAGACUAGUACUUAGUCUCACUUCGGGAGCUGGGAGAAAAAACCUGUACAGUUGUCUCUCUUAUUUUAAUAAAAUAGGAAACUCGUGCACUCGCGCCCCCUCCCCCUUUUUAAAUAAGUGUUAUCAGUGCCGGGAAAGAUUUGCUGUGGUUGUAAUUUUAAACUUUAAAA